CUAAAGUGCUGUCGAGCUGUUGUACGUGUCUCUCUAUCUCAGAGUACAUGCAGUAAAAUGGCAGAAUAUAUUCCAGUGGCUCAUGAGCAGUUCUGCUGUUCUAUCUGUCUGGAUCUACUGAAGGAUCCAGUGACCAUUCCCUGUGGACACAGUUACUGUAUGAGCUGUAUUACAGACUGCUGGAAUCAGGAUGAUGUGAAGGGAGUCUACAGCUGUCCUCAGUGCAGACACACAUUCACUACAAGACCUGUGUUAUUUAAAAGUACCAUGCUAGUUGAAAUGGUGGAGAAACUGAAGACGAUGAAACUCCAAACUGCUGUUCCUGCUCACUGUUACGCUGGAGCUGGAGAUGUGGAGUGUGACGUCUGUACUGGAAGAAAACACAAAGCUGUCAAGUCCUGUCUGGAGUGUCUGAACUCUUACUGUCAGAAUCACCUUGAACAACAUGAGAAUCUCUUCCAAGGUAAGAGACACAAUCUGAUGGACGCUACAGGACGAUUCCAGGAGAUGAUCUGCCGUCAACACAGUAAGCUUCUGGAGGUUUUCUGUCAUACUGAUCAGAACUGUAUCUGCAUGUUGUGCACGAUGGAUGAUCACAAAAAUCACGACACCGUCUCAGCUUCUGCCGAGAGGACUAAGAAGCAGAGUCGCUUGGAGGAAACACAGAAAAAAUCCCAACAGAGAAUCCAGGAGAGCGAGAAAAAGAUGGAGGAGGUGAGAAGAGCUGUGGAGUCUCACAAGCGCUCAGCACAGACAGCAGUGGAGGACAGUGAGAGGAUCUUUACUGAACUGAUGAGCUCCAUUGAGAGAAGACGCUCUGAGAUGAUACAGCUGAUCAGAGAUCAGGAAAAGGCUGCAGUGAGUCGAGCUGAAGGACUCUUGGAGCGACUGGAGCAGGAGAUUACUGAUCUGAGGAGGAGAGACACUGAGCUGGAGCAGCUUUCACAUACACAUGAUCACAUCCAGUUCCUGCAGAGUUUUCAGUCUUUCUCUACACCUCCUGGAUCUUCAGUCUUACCCAACAUCACUGUCAGUUCUCUCCUGUCUUUUGAUGAGGUGAUCAAAUCUGUCUCUCAACUGAAACAACAACUGGAGGAUUUCUGCACAGAACACAUUGACAAGAUAUCUGACAGAGUAACAUGCAUUGAAAUUAUCACUGAUGAACCCAAGACCAGGAAUGACCUUGUACGAUAUUUCCAUCAGUUCACAGUGGAUCUAAACACAGUGAAUAAAAACCUCCGUCUGUCUGAAGAGAACAGAGUGAUUAAAUACACUGAAACACUCCAGCGUUAUCCUGAUCAUCCAGAUAGAUUUGAUUAUCUUCAGGUGUUGUGUAGAGAGAGUGUGUGUGGACGCUGUUACUGGGAGAUCGAGUGGAGUGGUGUUGUGUUUAUAUCAGUGUCAUAUAAGAGCAUCAGCAGGAAGGGACGGGGUCUUGAGUGUAUGUUUGGACGUAAUGAUCAGUCCUGGAGUUUGUCCUGUUCUCCCUCCUGUUACUCAUUCUAUCACAAUAACAUACAGACUGAUCUCGGUGACUCCUCCAGAUGUUGUAGAAUAGGAGUGUAUGUGGAUCACAGUGCAGGAACUCUGUCCUUCUACAACGUCUCUGACACACUGACCCUCAUCCACAGAGUCCACACCACAUUCACUCAACCUCUAUAUCCUGCGUUUUAUAUUAAAUGGGGAUCAUCAGUGAAACUGUGUGAUGUAACAAAUUAGAAAAGGAGUUUUCAACUAGUUUCGCUUCAUGAUAUCAAGUUUAUACCACACAGUAAUAAAAGUAUUUAUUGUACAAAAGAGAAAUAAACUCCUUAAAAGUUUAAACUCGACAAAAAAGUUCAUCAUGUUAUAUAUCUUUAUUUUCUUUAACUUGCGUAGUUUUGUUGAUGGUUUUUGAGGAUGAAUUUGUGUUAAAAACUGUUUGAUUGGACGCACAGCCUUUAACAUCAACAACAAAAUUAAUAGAAAGUGUUUUCUGAUUAUUCAAAUUAUUUUGCUAUUGUAACAAUGCAUUAUUAUUUUAUCAUUUAAUUAAGAGUUAAGUCUGAGAACUAAACAAUGUGAUAAAUGGAUACGUGCAAACAAAUUGACAUGAUUGUCACAUGAACUAUAUUCACAAAUCUAAAAUGAUCCCUGGAGACAUGUCAACAUGUCUUGUUCUCUGUGACCUCUUUGAUUCUGAUGAUUAACCCUGUAGCUCGUGCACAUGACUGACUGACUUUUGUAAUGAACAGACAAUG